AUGACGUUUUCUCUCCUUGCCUUGCGUACAAAAAUGGUAUUUACAACGAGUAUACCCAAAGAAUCCAACUCAUCAUCGAACGAUCGUCGAUUAAGCAAGAAGAUGCUGGUCGCUUUCUUUUGUGUUCCAAUGGCAUUGGUAUUAGCUGCUUGUAUUUGGGGAGCUGUAAUGACGGCUAAAUUUGUUUCCAUUCAGAAAGAGAAGGCAAGCUUUAUCGAAGAAUUCGAUUUCAUCGUCGUUGGAUUGGGUGCUGGUGGUUCGGUUAUUGCAUCUCGAUUGUCAGAAGUAUCAAGAUGGACUGUACUAGCUGUCGACGGUGGUCCACGUGAAGAACUGAGCUCAACCGAUAUCGACCCGAACGAUUUACUUCCAGUGUACAGUUUUGUCUCUCCACAUGACCCAGUAAUUACCAGCUUACCAUUGCGAGCUGGUAAUAAUAAAAUCAUGUAUUUACCUCGUUUCAACGGUCUCGGUGGUACAGCUCGAUUAUACGGUGGUAUCAACGUUCGUCCAUCACCAGCGAUCAUGCGUCGAUGGCCAUCGAAUUGGACUUAUGAUGAUUUAUUACCCUAUUUCAAAAAAAUUGAAGACCAUUACUGUUAUUAUUACGAUGAAAAAGUAACUGGUAUUUCUGAUGCAAAUUGUCGAAAGUAUCAUGGUCAACAUGGUCCGCUUCAGGUCAAUCCGACUUAUGUACCCGAAUUCGCUAAUGUAUCGAAACACUUCGAAUCUCUCUGUAAUGAUACGAGUCAAUUGUGGGGUGGUUAUAAUGCAGAUAUUAAUGGUGAACGAUAUCUCGGUUGUUCCUUGUUUCAACGUUAUUUCAAUCGAAAAGGAAAUCGAACCGAUGAGCAAUCUGAUUAUUUCCUUGGUACAUCUUUUCAAGGUUAUCUUCAGCCAUCGGUGAUUAAUCGUGCCAAUCUUCGUAUUCGAUCAGCAACAAUGGUCACAAAAAUCUUGUUCGACAAGAGUUCACCGCCUAAAGCCACCGGAGUGAUAAUUCAGAAUUCAACUGGUACUUUCACGAUUAAAGUCAACAAAGAAGUUAUUCUGGCUGGCGGUGCAUUCGCAACUCCACAGCUGCUUCAAGUCAGCGGAGUGGGCGAUCAGUCAACACUUGCCAAAGCUCGGAUUCCAUUAGUCGCGGAAAAUUUUCAUGUAGGAAAAAAUCUUCGUGAUCAUGUCGCUGUCCCGAUGAUCUUACGAGUUAAACAAAUGUCUUCAACAUUUCCAAAUGUUGGUAAAAACGUCACUGCAUAUGUGAGAUCUAUACCAAAUGGAAGUAAAUCAUGGAUCAUUGCUUUGAACACUGGACUACGAGGAGAUAACAUCACUGAUUUGCAAAUCUAUUUUUCCAAUACAAAUUAUCAUUCGCCUGAUCUGUUCACCAAUCCUGAACCUCGUCAAUGCCGGUACGGUUCAAAUGGACACCGUGAAANUAGUUCUGAAAUUGACCAUUUAAACCGUAAUAUGCGAAUCCAUAUGCGAAUUCGCAUAGGAUGA